UGGUUUUCCCUUAAACAUUCAGAAUAUCAUUAUCAAUUUAUUUCCUAAUGCCUUAUAAUAAAAUUUAGAGACGGAAUUUAAAUUAUUGUAUUUUGAUGUUUUUGUCAUUUGUCUCUCCGAUAUGGAUGGGAAAGCAUUGAUUCUUACAUUGGUGUUUGCUGUUGUUAAUAGUCAUGUGUAUUAUGGAAAAGACCGUCCUGACAGUAUUUUUGACACUCUACCACACAUGCUGCACGACAUGAUCAAAGGGCAUCGCGGAAAUAAUUACAAUCAGCAACCAGAUACAAAUAACUUCAAUCCCGAUUCCUAUGGGAGCCGAUUGAAUUCAGGAUAUCAGCAAAAUAAUAUGGGGUACCGAAAUUUGGGACAAAGUGGCUAUAAUAUACCAAAAAAUCAAGGACUUCCAAAUCCAGAACUUAAUGAACCCUCAGAAGGACUUAGAGCAGAUAACAUGGAAGAGGUACAAGGGAAACAUAAUGCAUCCGAAUUACCAAACAGAUUCAACGAUACGCCUCAAAUCUUAUAUGCAGUUAAUAUAGAUCCUUCUGAUACCAAUCAGUGGAAUCGUAAUCCUUCAGCUCCUUUAACUAAUGCAAUCACUCAAACUGCGCCCCUAACAAAUACCCAAACAUUUGUCCAAACUCCUAACCAAGCUUCAUACGCAACACUUAUAACUCCAAACCAAACUCCAUUAAUUAAUAAAGUGGCUGAACCGAAUUCAUUCGGGAACAGCAUAGUCUUACCGAAUGCAAAUGGUGGUUCCACUUUAUAUAAAAUCGUAAACCUUCCCAACACUAUUGCUAAUGCUGAUAUUCCAAGCCAAAUGUUCCAAUCCACUGAUGUAAUUUCUAACCCUGCUAGUUACCAAGUACAAAACUCGAUUCCAACAGCUAAUAGUGGAAUAAUAAACGGAAUGCCAACUUAUUAUGUUGUAUCUGUACCCAAUCAACCCUUACAAACUAUACAAACAAGUGUACCAUACACAAACGCGCCAGUCCGGUAUAGCGUCGGUUAUAUUUCUAGUAAUGGUCAAACCGUGUUAGUGCCGAGUUCUCCAGUUGUAUAUCAAAUAACUCCUCAGAAUUUUGUGCCCAUUAGUCAAAGUACUUACGUGCCUGUAUCCAGUGGUCAACCAAAUUUAAUGUCCCAGCCGUUGACAAAUCAAGGAAAUGCUGCAGUUAGCUAUGUACCUAUAUCAAAUUCGGUUAGUUCUGGGCAACAGACUUAUAUGACAGUUCCUAAUUCUCAAGGAAAUGUACCUAACUCCCAGGUCAACUAUGUCCCAGUGACAAAUGGACAAGGGAAUAUAGUAGGUCAACCGAAUUACGUAACCGUAGCUAAUGGGCAGGGAAAUACAGGGACACAAAUAAAUGUAGUGCCGGGUGCUCAAGAAACUACACCAAAUACUCAAAUCAACUAUGUGCCAGUGUCAAGUGGUCAAGAUAAUUCAGCAAACAACGGUGAAGAAAAAACAAAGAAAAAGCCGUCUAAGAAGAAGUCCAAAAAGAAGUAG